AUGACACAGGUCUCCGUCUACAGCGCCGCCCUCGUGGCUUUCGUUGCCGCGACGGCGAUGAUAAUCGCAUCCAUCACGCUGCCCCAUUGGGUCACCUACUCCGUCACGGCCACCGACGGCAACGAGUUCUCAAAACACAUCGGCUUGCACCGCGCAUGUUCGAAUCUAUACGACCCGCCAUGCCAGGAAUUCCCGACCGAGGAGCUGUGCAGUAAGAACGGCGAGCGGUACUUCUGCUCCAUGUGGCGUUCCGUAGGCUUCCUGGCCUCCUUCUCAACCAUCCUGCACCUCGCGUCCAUUGUUACCUUUCUCGUCAUCAUGGCGGGCGGCAAAUACAAGCGCGAGACCGGCUGGAAGAUCCUCGGCGGCCUUCUGGUCUUCGUCGGCGCCGUCGAGUUUACGUUGAUGGGCAUCGUGGCAUAUCUCUAUGACAACGAUGAGCAGUUCCAAGUUCCCGGCUGGGGUUUGGACACCUCCUGGGUGCUCUGCACCAUCAGCGCAUCCGUCUCCGUUCUUUGCGCCGUUGGCUUGGGCAUUUCUGCCUUUGUGCUCCCGCCAGAGGAGGGUUACGAGUUCCUCAACGACCCCUUGCCGUAA